AUGCCCUUACGAUACGAUCCAGAAUGGAUCGCUUUAGCUGGUCCCAAGCUCGACGCGCAGCGAGAAGUCCUACCAGUGCAUGAUGUGGCAACAAGAAGAACCAGAUUCGAGCAAUUAUUUGUUGGAUCCCGCUAUACGGUUCCGGAUGACAUCGGAUUGAAGGUGUACAAAGCGCCAGCAUCCGACGGCCACCAAGUUGAAAUAUAUCACCUCUUUAAGAAAGGCGCUCAUUCACCUCUUGAGCGCACACCGGCUGUUCUACACAUCCACGCAGGAGGGUUUAUUUCUGUGCGCGCAAAACACGUCUUGCCAUCUCUCGUGCCUUUUGUCUCCCAUUCCGGUAUACCCAUAUUCUCAGUCGACUACCGAUGGGCGCCCGAACAUCCUUUUCCAACGCCUGUGGAGGAUUGUUGGACUGGACUUCUUUACCUCCAAUCUCACGCAGAAAAACUCGGCAUCGACUUGAAACGUAUCGCAGUCAUGGGCGAAAGUGCAGGAGGAGGCUUAGCAGGAUCCCUAGCUAUCAUGGCAAGAGACCGGAACUUGUCCCCCCCGUUGGCGAAGCAGAUCUUGAUAUAUCCUAUGCUGGAUGAUCGAACAGUGACAGACCAUUCCGAAGGUUUGGCUGUUUUCAGUAUGAACGAUGUCGUCACCGGCUGGUCUGCCUACCUCGGCGAGGCCUAUGGGACUGAUGAUGUAUCGCCAUUUGCGUCGCCGUCUAGAGUAACAGACGUCACAGGUCUGCCACCGUUGUAUUUGGACGUGGGACAACUGGAUGUAUUCCUACACGAGGGCGUUGCUUAUGCUAAUAAAUACCUGGUGGCCGGCAUUGACACGGAACUUCAUGUCUAUCCGGGUGUGAUUCAUGCGUUUCAGCGGUGGGGUGCUGGCUCAGAAAUUGUCAAGCAUGCCUGGGCAAAUAGGAUGAGGGCAAUUACCACUCUUUGA